AUGCAGACAACUUUUGCCAGAUGUUGCCAACAAUGCUUUCCUUCUUUCAGAUGGUUUGGGAAUGAGUUCACCCAUGCUCACCCGCAUCCAAGGAGACCGGGUGUUGGCGCAGGCUCUUUGGCCAUCACCCUGGCCUGGACAGAUCCUCCCUCCGAUGACGGUCGUUUGGUUCACGACUUGGAUCUGAAGGUCACCUGCGAUGUGUCGAGCUGGGCGGACAGAUGGGGCAACGGUGCAGCUAGCCCUGACACAACCAACAACAUAGAGAAGGUCUCAUUGGUGGGCUACGACAGCUUUACUUCUGGGCUUUGCAUGGCCACAGUCCUUGCGAAUUCAGUGCCCGCGCGGACGCCCCAGCCAUUUUCACUAGUUGCUUCCGGACCGUUUGCUUUGUCCGAGUGCGCAGCAGUGGUGCGCGCACCCAGCUGUGUGCAUGGAACGGCUGAAAAACAGUCGUCAAAAUGGACUUGCCGCUGCUUUCCGCCGUAUCUUGGACCUUUCUGUGACCAGGAGGCCACGGCACUCUCUGGAGACGGUGUGAGUGCAGAACUGCGAGCACGACAAUGGUCCUUCUUCACGAGUUCGGUGAGCUGCCCCGGGAGCUACGAGUUAGUCAUUCAGCAAUCAGGGAGCUCGUUCCUCACCUUAAAGAGUGCCUUGUCAUGGGGUCACCUCCACAGCGUCCUGGAAAAGGAGCCUCUUUCUACACCCGGCGGCGCGAGCGGUGUGUCCUUCAGCACGGUGGAGAAUCAGGCCUCAGGGCUUAUGACUGUCCUGGUUCAAGUGGAGGAAAGUGCGCUGAGCAGUGCACGGUCGGUGUUCCUGGGCCUUGCGCCUGAAGAUCGAAGUGGGAGGAGCAGUGCUUUAAUACGCUGGUUGCCAGCACAGGGGACGACGUGCGGCGAUAGCACGCCUGGCAUUGAGGGAGCAGAUUCUGGGCAGAUUGUGCUCAUAAUUUGCAUGGUAGUCUUGCUAGUGGCUGGUGUGAUUGCAGCCGCGGUAAUGAUUAAAUUCUAUUGUGGCAGUUCGAAGGUCUGGCCACAGGACACUGGAGAUGUGGAGAAAGCAGAAGACCACCACAUCUCCACACAACAGUGGCAGCUCCAGUCCUAA